AUGCUUUUCAUCUGUUUCAUCAACACUAGUUGGACGUCCCUCGUCGGCUCGACCGGUCUUUCGAGUUAUCACGGUAUCCUUCCUAAACUGACCAGGAAGUGGAUUCAUGGUUUAGUCGACAACUCUAUCGAUGCUCCUGGCGGUAGCAUGAAUCAACAAUUUACUACCGCACUUUUGUCGUUUCUCUAUCAUUUGGCCUGUUACGAAGAGAAUGUCGGUCCAGGAAAUACCCAGAAUGCGACGCUCAACUCGAGUGGUGUUUUAGACACAAUGUUGCAGUUAAUCUCUUGGCACACCUCACGUAACGACUAUUUGAGCUAUGUCACGCGUGCUGUUCGGGUCACUGACCAAAUACUGAUGAGCAUCCCUUUCAGUAGACAAAAUGUUGUCGCUAUUUUGGUCGAUCGUCUGAGGUUUGAGGUCGAAUUGGUUCUGAAUUCAGCUUCAGAAGCCAGGGAUCCGACUGCUUCAUGUCCCUUGUUGAACACUCAGCGAUCCGGCUUGAUGAAAUCGAUUUUGAACCUUUUGAAGCGUCUUUGCCUGGAUACAGAGUGGGGCGAAGUGAUGCAUUCCGUUAUGGAGGGUACUUUGCCUGACAUCCUUCGCCAAAUUUUUCUCAAUGGAUUUACCCACUUUACCCCACAUCUGGCAUUGUUUGCGAUGGAGAGCAUCACUAAUUACUUAUACACCUACCCUUCCCGAAUUUCAACCAUGCAGGAUAAGAAUGUUACGACCGAUAUACUGACUGCUUUAGCCCGUCAGCCUUUGCCACAAAACCGGGACUUUCUGGUACAAUUACCCGGUCUGUUCAACACGCUCUCCUUGAAUGCACGAGGGAUCGAAGCAGUCCAAAAUAGUGGUGUAUUAAAUCAGUAUUUGGAAACUUUGGUCUCGCCUGAAUAUUUGGGGACUAUGAAGACAAAGCGUGUGAGGGAUUUUUUGUCUCAAAUUCCAUACAAUCUGACUUCAAGUACCGGACAAAGUCUAUCCAACAGUUUGACCGCAAGUCAAAUGAGCAACGCCAUUCAAGAACUCCUACGAUCCCGUAGUGAACUCAAGCCUACUGUCUUUCAAAGCCUAGUUUCCUGUCUUCGACGUGUUGUUGAGUUGGGAAGGAUGCAACCAGCUAGUCUGAUCGUUGAGACAGCGUGUCCCGGUACGUCUAUAGUGCAUUGUUCGGACACUGACCAGAAAGCAUCACAAUCUUCCUCGAGGACUGCCUCUUGUCAGCAUUUGGAUACAUCGCUUCCAUGUCUCACGGGCUGCGCGCUGGCCAGUGCUUGCUGCUCCUCGAGUGCAGCUGCGAAUAUGGAAGUUGAGGAAACCAGUCGCUCCGGGAUGAUGCUAGACGAUGAUGUAGUUAUGCUGUCUGGAGGCGAAGAAGAGGAUGACGAUGACGAUAACGAUAUCGAUGAUUUGACUCGUGCUACUCAAGCUCAUUCUGCUACUCGUCCGUCUCGCAAUCUAACCAGGAUGGAUUCACGGUCUGCCUCACCGGCUCCAUCACUUAGUUUGAGGAGCAAUGAAUCGCGACCUACUGACAUCAAGGCGCCCGUUUCUCAAGAUGGUUCUCCUGUAUCCCCGUACACGUUCUUACCGGACUUCAUGCUCAACACUUGUAAAUUUCUGGAAAAGCUCUUACCGUCAGUGCUGCACGUUACCGAGGCUAUGUGCCGGCACUUCAUGAGUCAUGGGGGACUUCAAGUGCUCUGCGACCUACUCUGCAUGCCUGGGCUUCCGUACGAUUUCCCGGUAUCGGCGGCUUGUGCAUCACUAUGCAAAAUCUUUGAAGAUUUGGCCAAUUCAAUUUAUCUUAACGAUGUAAUCGAUCCUCUGUUUCAGUGCUUGGAAUCUUCUCUGGAAAAGUUGACUUUUUUGCAAAACUCACAGCCUACGAUGAGCUCCGUACUUCUUCAUGAAUAUGUCUCUGGCGAGCAUACUCUUCUACAUGAGCUUGUUGUGACGGCUUCUAUCAUUUGUAUCAUGGUGCAGAUUAUCGAUCACUUGAAACCUGAGCUAAGACCAUCACUUGCCAACAAGUGGAUCGGUCGCAAUAUGCUGCAAACACUUGGGCGGCUCUAUGUAAGUGUGUCUUGGGAAGCCAGUAUUCUCCUGAAAUUACUCUUUGGAGAUAAAGAUAUUACUGAAUUCGACAUGCAGCUCCCCUCACGGGAUGUCACUUCCGACGGAGCGCCCUCGGAAACUUUGUCAGCUUGCAAGCCUGUAUCAACUUUCGCCAGUGAUGCGACCUCUUCUUUUAAGCCAGUCACUGAAACCACUCCGCUACCUCAGUUUGUUGAAGCGCUACACAUAUACUCAUUAUUGAAGCCGUCUAAACCUCCAGUGGAUGACAAUAAGAACGCAUUCCUUCACCAUCGACCUGAUUUAACAAAGGCUACUCAUCGAAUUCUUCACGUGACCGCUUUUUUGAUCAAUUCUUUCACGGAGCUUUGUACCGCUUGGGAACGCUUCUUUGCCAAUCGGAACCAGUCAACCUACCGUCGUCGCCGGAUGACACUGUUGCCGUGUGAACAAAUCCCUAGCUCUACUAAGUACGCUGCACUGUCACAGAUAUCGCACGUUCUGUCCGACACUUUGGCUUGGGAGGCAUCCUCUUCCGUUCGGUGUCAUCCUGCUGCUCCUGGUUUAAUCUGCGCCAUGCGAUAUGCUGCGAUCCGUUUGACCAAUAACUUAAUGCUUGGUUCCAAUCAGAAAGGACUUCAAGGUGGCUUGCUUAACGCCUUUCUCGCUGUCAAUGGGGUCCGACGUUAUUUCGGACUGUUUCACGAGCUCCUUAGCUUCGACUUGACGGAUCCAAAUGUCAGAGAGCCACUUGCGGUGGUUCUUGAAGAGUGGCUUGCUUGUGCUGAUCGUUUGAGCAAUGCGGACAACGCCAGCAACGAUAUUUCUCGUACACCUGAGAGCGAAAUCUCUGUAGUUCACGCGACAAAUCACUUGGAGUUUGUUCAUCAACACAUGCUGUUUUCCUUGGAACAGUUGUGCAUCAGGAACGAUCUCCAGAGUCUACUCACAAAGGCUGCGGUUGAACACCUUUUGAGCAUGUUAAUCAGCGUGGUUCCUUACUUGUUCAAUACGGGUAUUAAAGUCCAGCCCACCGAGGUCACGGCUGCAGCGCUCGAGUCUCUCCCUGGCAUACCAAGUGCUACAACAACUACUACAGCACAAUCUUCAGAUGCAUCUCGUGCUCCGAACACGACAAAUGAAGCAGGACAUUCCAUUUCUACUGUGGACCCCCGCCUAUCGAUCAACAAUACAGCCGCUUGGAGUUUACCCUCAGAAGAUACACUGAGGCCGACCGUAGCUCUAUGCAAUCGUCCCGACUCUCCGGUCCCGACACCGGUUCUUGCUGAGUUGCCCUCGGGUGACUCAGUCACUGCUCCUGCACCACAACCUAUGGACACCUCAGAGUCAGAGCAAAGUGAAUCAGAAUCUGAUCCACGAGGUGCUUCCGCCCUUCUUCUUCUGGAAGAAAUGGGAUUUUCUCGACAACUUGCGACGGUUGCGUUGGAGCAAACUGGAUGGAAUACUAAUGAGGCCGUGAAUCUGCUGAUAGCGACUCCCGAACAGGAACUUCUCAGCAAUGUUUCUCGCCCCAUUCCGUUACCUCGACAUACAACAGGUUGGAUGGCUUUUCCUCGAAAUCGUUCGACUCGACAAAGAGAUGUAGCUGACCAGGCCAACCCAACGGACGACGACAGUGCCAUUGAUCGCUCAGUUUCGGCCAUCGCAACAGCUGCAAUGCAAGUGGCGUCCGCUGCAUCCUCAUUCAUCGCCACCACUGGAAAUACCAUCGACCAUGAUGAUUCCACAUCGGCACGCACCACGAACCCUGGUGAUCCACGGUCUGUUCCGCGUGCAACUCCGACUCCAUCAACUGGAAUUCCGACAUCGAACUCAAAUGAGCCUCCCAUUCUCCCCGUUGAAUUGGAAACUCCUGCUCCCGAGGUUAUUGGUGCUCUGCGCGAAUCAUUGAAGCAACACGUAUUUCGCGCUUGCUACACAAUUGCUGAACGGCAUCACUCUGAUCAGAUUCUCCACCGGAUUGCGGAACUUUUGCUCUCUAGCGGAGAGGAAGAUCGUUACAUCGAUGAGCUGUUCGGUUUUGUGGCCAGCACCAUCUCCGAGCGACUGGGCGUAACCGCCACUCCUCGUCUACCUUCUUCAUUCCCAGGGUGCUCAGAAGUGAAAAAUCCUGCUCCGACUGUGACAACAGUUAAGGAGCACCCGACAGUGGGGCUGCACCUCUCUGCCCUGCUUUUCACACGGUGCCAUUCGAUGUGUGCUCGGCUUGCGUGGGCCCACAACUUUCCCCACUUGCUUGUUUCCUGGAUCUCACAUUUGGCCUCGAAAGGGUUCCACUCUGGAUCUCCAUCUGUAGAAGAGUGCAGGGAAAUUUCAGCGGGCGAUGGGGUGGAUUGCUACAAGACACUUUUACUGGCCUCUCUUAUUUUGGAUCAGUAUUUGCGUAGUGUUCAGGCCAUGCAGCUGCGCCAGCACAGCGCCAAACGGUACGCACACUCUCACUCAUGGAAUUGGUUCGAUGAUCGUGCAAUGCUUUGGCAUCCGUACACAACAGAGAGCGGACGCAUCAUUGACACGGCGUUUCACCGGGGCGAUACGUGUGCUUUCUGUCACAUCAGCCGGAAGCCUUAUGCCAUUGAAUUCCCCACAAUGACGCAAGUCAAUUUAGACAGCAUGCAUCGUCGUCCGGUUAUGUUAUUCCCAACAAUGUCGGAUGACGCGAAUGGCUCCCAAGAGAAAGAGAAUAACGCAAUCUCUGCCUACGAAAAGGGUGUUUGUGAUGGAGAAAUUCCUCCUGAUUUGACUCCUGACCAACAGAAAACCUUGUCUUCCGCUUUGCUGGAUCUUUUCAAAUCAUCAUUUGAAAUGAAACCCCAAGCUUCCAUUCCAUCUGACUGUGCGAAUGCUAUGCUCAGAUUGCUACUUCGACUGGCCUACUCCAGUUACGACAACUCACGGGACAUGCUGGACAAGGGUAUUUUGAGUAUUCUACUUAACGUUCCGCAUACCCGUGGGUUCACCGCUGAGUACUCCGCGUUCGUUGGAGCUUUACUGACCCAGGUUUUCGACGAUGUUCAGACAGUGUCACAUGUUAUGAAGGAUGUAUUCACUAAAAUGUGUCAGUUCGGCGUGCCCAGCACUUUCAUGGGAAUCGGUGCUACUUCCACCACUUGUCGCGAUUUGUUCUAUCUACUUGGCAUGUGCGUUCCCAUGUUCGCCAAAGAUCGUGCGUUGGCCCACAAGUUGGCUCUGGAAACUAUCAGGCUUUCACUGACAGACGCUGAUAUACUCGCAAAAACAGUUCCAAAGAGCUACCUUGUGGAGGUGCCUAAAUCACCCGCCAAUGACCGCACAAAGUUCAUGUUGUCCGAACAUCAACAACGUCUACUCACGAUUUUGAUCGAAUCCAUCUCCUCGCCACCCGUUGGGAAAGAAGCGAGCCAUCUAUCGGUUGGCCCCAAAGCACCUAAUGAGAGCAACGAAAUUCCUUCGAACACUGGCAUUCGUACCUGCGUAACACAAUGCACUUCUGCGCUCAACACCCCAAUCCCAUCAACUCCAAGCGCUGAGACUUCAACAGGGGACUACCGCCAGAGGCUUGCAAGCGACCCACAGAACUUAUCUUCUAACCCAACUAUCGCCACACCAUCCUUUAGUGACACUUCCACCUCCCGCGAAAGUGUUGUACUCGGUAAAGCCGAUUCCAUUCGCUUUUUAAUCGAUUUGGUUGCCUCCUAUCAAGCCGUCGCAGAGUUCAUUGCGUUUUAUGGCCGUAAGGUCCAUUCAGCGUCUAUUGAUCACGGACACCUUUCUCCCCCUUCAUUUCUGUCCCAUUUGUUUACCUACGAAUUGGGUCAAAGCGAUACAACGGAACUUGCAACUACUCUGUUGGAAAACCUCAUGUUGGUUGGUUCUGAUUCCACUCAGGAUGCCGUCAUAGGUGAGCUUAAGGCCUCUCUGAGCCGCAUUUCUUCUUCAGCGACUAAUGCCUCAUCAGUUCAGAGGACAUCUGCAUCUCAGCAACCAGAUGCAAUGCAGCUUCGGAAAAACGAUCGCCUGAUUGCACAUAUGAUGUUUUUGGAGCGCUUGCUGGCCCUUCCUCCUGUUUUCGUUGACCGGGUCACUCGUUUGAUUUACCGACGUCAUCUCCCCGGAGAUAUCGCCAAACUUAUUGCAGUCACUGAUUGUAACUUGCCCAAUACUCAAUCUACUUUUUCGAUUCUUCUGCGCACCCUCGAGAGCCUUACUUGGGUCGACCGUCAACUAACCAGGUCGGUGUGGAGCGGUCGAGACAGACGAUCCGAUGCUACUUCUGGAGUCCAUUCUGCGCAACAUAUCGAGCAGACUCGUUCACCACGUGGACACGCCGAGUCGAACUUUUCUUACAUUGACUCAGCCGGCCAUGGUGAUGCUAGUGCACAGUCACGGUCUUCAGGGUACUUGCCGCCUGCUGAUCGAGACAGCAGCUCUUAUCGAUCUAUGGAUGCUCGUCACUUUGAUUCGGACAGUGAUGAUGACGACGAUGACGACAAUCAUGAUGACUUUCCUUUGCGUAGCUCCAGAGCAGUAGCAGAUGAUGGAAUUGCGAAUCUGAGUGAACCAACCGCGGGUAACGCCUCUUUGAAUCUCGUCUUAGACGAUGUCUUGAUGUCCGGAGCUGAUAUCGUCUUGGAGCAGCCUCAUACCGAGAACAGGGACGUCACGCAGCCGUGGCAUUCGGCUGACGACCAAGAAGGAUCAAUGAUUUUCGUGCAUGAUGAUGAGGAUGAAGGCAGCGCCGGUCAAGGAGGUGAAGGCGGUAACAGUCAGGAUGAGGAUGAUGACGAUGAGGAUGAGGGAGAAGAUGACGAAGACGAUGGUGAGGCCGAUGAUGAUGAUGAAGACGGUGAGGAUGAUGACCUCGAGGAUGAAGAUGAGGAGGAUGAUGACGUCGGAGGUGAGACAGACGAAGAGAUUAUCGCCGAUGAUGGCGAGGUUGCCUUGGUCCUUAGAAGUGGCUCAUCUGGUAGACGUCUUCACAACAAUAGGAGACCAAGGCCGGAAGCAACUGUCUCGGUAUCUGUUACUACCGUUCGUACGUCUGACGAACACGAGCCCGCUGGCAAUGCUGGUGAGAGCUCCCGUGCUGGUUACCAACGAGCCAGUGAAAACAUUCAUGAUUCGCAUGAUGACGGCGAUGGCAGCUUCGAUAACGAAGAGCUCGAUGUGUUUGAGAACAAUGACGAUGAUGGUGGUGGGUUACAAAUGCUUGGUGAAGAUACAAACAGCGCCACUAUGUUUUUGACCACAGACGAGCACGCGUUGCGUGACAACCACCCUGUGGUCGCUAUGGUAGAAGAAGUGUUAAAUAUGGUGGAUGUCCCCACCCAGGGUGCUUCAACCGUGGGAUCUAGGUUAGCGGGUGGUCGACGUGAACGUUUUGUUAUUGCUCCCUCAGAAUUUGGUGGCAUAAAUCUAAUUCCUUCCACUGGCGCUGGAGGCAACUGGGGGCUGAUUAUGCCUCGCUUUCGUGGUUCAGAUAGCCAAAUUCGAAAUGCCUCCUCGAAUGGAAUCGGGCUUCCUCCGAACACUACCGUGUUCCGUUUUGGACUUGGGAAUGGCAGCGGUGCUUCCGUUUUCGUCACUGAUGGUAACAACAAUCGCUUCGGUGGUGUCAAUCUAGUCACCUCCAGUAGUGGUCUGGGCAAUUUCGGCUCCUCACAAACACUGGCGACCCCCAUGCUAUCCAGCCAACACCCUUUGCUGCAGGUUCCUUCUAACUCAUCAACCGUCGGUAAUGCUGCUCCUUCCGUAUCUGCCGGUGGUGUUCGACUGAGUCGCAUGGUCGUUGCAAACGCAUCAACUCCUUUUUCUCGUCUAAACUCUGCGCUCCCCCCGAUGCCUCCAGUAUCAUCAACCACUUCAACGUACCAAGGUCAACGGAACAGAGUGACUAGCUCAUUUAUUGGCCCCGUCCUUGUUGGUAACAGUGGGGUCCGUCAGCGCGGUCCUCCUACACGUCUGUACGCUCCGUUCACUACAGAUUCCGUCGGAUAUCGUCCUUAUUCUCCUGGCAUCGAAUCUGGCAACAAUCCUUCCCCUGGCAUACGUACUGGUACUUGCUCCGGAGGGGAUUUACCCAGAGACAACCGAGCUGGACCAGAGGCAGAUGCACUGGUUUGGAGCAUGCUAGCGAGCCUGGCUGAGGAUCAACCUUCUUCUGUCAACUCGGCUCUAGCGAGUGCAAUAUUUUCCCAAGUAGAGCCCUCUGGUAACGGGAACCGGUCCACUGGCUCCGGUUCUGGGCCAACCACAUCGCAGUUAGCGACAUAUGCGGGCUAUGCAUUACCUGCCAGCUAUCGUCGCUGGAUUACUUUAUCUCGGAUGCUUUUUGGUCACGAAUUGAUGGAUUUGAUCCUGAUCAGCCGCUGCGAUGUUUAUCAAGAACUUUCUAAGCUCAGACAAGAAUCCUUCAAAGAGCGCUUACUAGAGGCCGAGAAAUCAACUUGUUCCCAGACAGAAACAACCACUGGAUCUGCCGAAGCCCUCGCUCAACCAACAACGCAAUCUGAACCAAUUCCGACUGAUACAGUCCCAUCAGUUCUUGAGAGCACUCAGGAUACUACCGUUCCGGUGCCAUGUUCCACCAGCGAAUCUCAACCUGAAAACCAUGAGCAGUUGGACCCACAUCCAUCUCCCGUUGUUCCCCCUUACUCUGAUGACGCCAAUAUUACUUCUACCGGUCACGUUGAUCUGCCAAGACCACUCGAUGAAACGGACGCUGGAGCUGUGUCCGAACCGGCCACCGAGGCUACUUCUCAGCCAUCCGUGCAGCCUGCCUCAGUUGUCGCACCCGCCCCCAUGACUGACGAGGAAACCAUUCAAUCACUCGUUGAGGGUGGAAUGGACCCCUCCUUCCUAGACGCCCUUCCCGAAGAAAUGCGUCGAGAAGUCAUUGCUGACCACCGCCACGCGAGACAGGUCCAACAACAGCUCAGUUCGCUUAGUCUUCCGGAGCACGUAAACACGGAUUGGCUGGUCGGCCUACCUACUCACAUUCAAGAGGAGGUAUUGACCCAAUUCCGUCAAGAACAACAGCAUCUGCUGCAACAGCCAGCUCCUGUCGAUUCCACUGUAGUUAGUGGCGACGAAUCUACGCGCGUUGUUGACGUGGUGGCUAGUUCCAGGGCAGGGGAAAGCAACACUGCAUUCUUAGUUUCGCUCCCCACCUCACUUCGCCGGGAAGUUCUCGCGGAUAUGGACGAGUCUCAGUUGGAUACCCUGCCACCAGAUUUGGCAGCCGAAGCUCGUCAACUGCGGCGUGAGAACGAGGAGCGUUUUGCUCGUGUAGUGCAGGGUAACAUGCUCACGCAUUCCUUCUCCUCCAGACACGACCAAGACAUUUGGCGUAACUUGACUUCCGCGACUGGCCUUAUUGGCGGACCCGGCCGCUGGGACGUGCGUUUCAAUUCCAUCAAUCAGUUUUUACGACACAUCAACAGCGCUUUUGGUGGACGUCCUUGUGGCAAUACUCUUGUUGGUUCUCAAAGUCUGCCAGCGAUUCGAGGUCGUCACAUGAUGGACCAUGAGGCCUUGACAUGUCUAGUUGCCUUGCUCAUCGCCAGUUCUACUUGCUCACAACAGCGGAGGCAUGUCGUUCCCAUUCUACGAAAGGUUCUACGCAACCUGUCUUGUCAUCUCGCCACACGAAAUUGGAUCAUCGGGACUCUAUUGUCAUUAUUUGAAGGGCUUUCAGAAAAGCCCGAUAAGGACGCAAGCGAAAGUCAUUUGCAACAGAUUGCUGAAUCUGAUCACUCUGCAAUGCCAAAUCCCACUAACACCAUCUUUCAUCUUGGCUUCGAAGCAGCCCUCGGUUGCUGGGUCCGUGUGUUUCAUCCGGUCUCGGUUUCUUCAGCCCCAUGUCCGAUGGACACCGACAACGCCAAUCGUAGGUCCUCAAAAGAUCGUCCAUCCGUGAGCGGAAUUGAGCGCCCCGCUUACCCAUCCUCUCGUGGGAGCUUGAGUUGCCGUCGUUACAUCAUUCAUCCGCAAGCCGCUGUGUGUGUGUCUAGCGUGUUACUGGAGACCCUGAGCGAGCUCGCCAGAGCCUUUCCUUCUCAGUUCUAUCCACGUUCACUUUCGGAUCGGUCAGAUGAGUCAUCAUUGUCAGAGUCUCCUCCACCUAUCGAGUGGCCUACUCCUAUUUUUUGGGAAUUGUUUGAACGCUUGUCUGAUUCACUCACGCCGAGCAUCUCAUCAUCUCAACCUAAAUCUGGCCGACGCGGUCAUGGAAGUGCCAAAAAGCGCGAUAGUUCCAACUUGAACAAACCACUUUCCGAUUCAUCACAAGUUCCCCUCGGGAUACUAACGGACCUCAACCCUGAGCAUCCUUCAGGAAUUGUGCCAAUGGAUGUUACUUCCUCAGAUGCAUCGCCAUGUGCCCAGUCAACUUCCCUGCAUCCUCUACGGCGUUCCACGGGCUCUGUUGCAGGAGUGGAGUAUUUUGUACACCUGUCAAAUCUACUUUGUCAUCCCUUGGUCCAGGAUAGGACGUCUCAUCAAGAGCGGAUUCUCACCAUAUUGGCUGGCAUAAUAAAGGAAUUUAUUUCAAACCGUGUUUCUGCUGCUGGUGCGUUGGCACCAUCUACUGGAGCGGCCGAGUCCGGCGAAACUUUGGUGCGUGGUGAUGAACCAGAGUCAGCGCCAUCGUCGAACGAUGUGCCAACGGUCUCAGCAGGAUCCGUCGGGGAGCCGCCAGGUCGGGUUGAAGUGCCCAAGGAACAUCCACAUUCUGAAGCUCCCUCCUCGAUAGAUCUCGUCGCUCCACUGCGAACCGAAGUUGUGAAAAUGUUAUGUCAGUUUGUUUUAGCUCCAAAGUCCACAGAGUCGGGACGUAAUAUGGCAGCCCAGCUGAUCACUGACCUGGCCCGCGCUAAUCGAGUGACGAAAGAUUUCAUGUUACGGCUGCUGUCUGAAUCCGCUGACCAGUUGACAAAGAAGUUAUGCUCACAACUACAGGACCUGAUGGAUGAAAUUGCCUCAUCGUCAUCAGCUGUCACUAGCCCCACAGCAACACCCGGUCCUUCGACAUCCUCUUGGGUACAACCUUCCAGAAGUGGCUCACUGGACGUUCUUCCCGAUCGGUUUGGCGGCUCGGGCCAAUAUGUUGUUAUCUCAGGGGAAUCUCGACCUGAUGCUCCCACAGGUUUCAGCGAGUUACACCUUAAAUCGGUCCAACCACUCUCAUGCCCCAAUAAUGAUCAGUCCAGACUUCGUGGCAUCCUCGGUCUAAUCGUUCGUCUGGCAGCAGGUGAAAGCUCAAUCAGUGCAACUGAUCCUGUUUUAGUAUCUUCGCAUGAUCCUUCGGAGUCUAUCCCUUCCUUGCGGGACUUUUGGCCUCGAGUCAGCGCCGCUUUCGAGCAACUGCAAACAAUCAGUGAUCCGAAUUCGGUUCUUCUGUUGCAACCCCUGCUUGAAGCAUUCUGCCUGGCUCAUCUGUUCCUGGUUAAAGACUCCAUUAUGAUCCGACAGCGCUCAAUUACCUCUCGGUCAAAUCGAACCAAUCCGACCGCAGCUAACACUGGCACGCAUAGUCUCAUCGAUAUGGUUCCCACGUUACAGCUUCGGGUUGAACCACCGGUUCUAAGUACCGAUAGACCUGAGACUACCGGUCCCUCUGCUAGUGAGCAGACAACCCACUUGCAUGUGGACAUUAUGGGGCCAAUGUCGCCCUCAGCCCCAAUCGAAGAGGAUAAAACGGCUGGUGAUGCACCAUAUAGACGUACUUCAGUGGUUUCCUCCUCCUCCUCCGGCAAUCCAAUUUUACAGUUUGCAGAGCAACACCGAAGUGGGCUAAAUCAGGUUUUACGCCAAAACAGUUCCAAUCUGGGCGAGUCACCAUUCGCUGUGUUUCUUGUUUACUCGAAGGUGUUGGACUUUGAUAUCAAACGUCGAUUCUUCCGACAACAAUUGCAGUCACUGUCACCGAGGUCCAACAUGUCCAACAGGUAUGACGAUGAACCAAUUGUCAUUUCACGUGAUCGCAUCUUUGAGGACAGCUAUGCUCGCUUGCACCGGAGAUCCGCCUCAGAAUGGAAGCAUAAAUUCGUCAUCCGGUUCCAGAACGAAGAAGGUCAAGACGCUGGCGGCCCUUUACGCGAGUGGUAUUUACUCAUGAGCCGGGAGAUCUUCAACCCCAACUACUGUUUGUUCCGAACCUCCCCAGCCGACCGUGUUACCUACACAAUCAAUCCGAGUUCAUAUAUUAAUAGCAACCACUUGUCUUACUUCAAGUUCGUUGGACGCUUCAUUGCCAAAGCCAUUUAUGAUAACAAAUUGCUGGAGUGCUACUUCUCACGAUCCUUCUACAAGCAUAUUUUAGGCGUUCCUGUAAAGUGUUCUGAUCUGGAAAGCGACGAUUAUGAAUUUUACAAGGGACUGGAAUUCCUCCUUAAAAACCAUAUAUCUGACUUAGGGUAUGAGUUGACUUUCAGCACUGAGAUUAGCGAAUUUGGCAAGACCGAAACUCGGGACUUGAUUGAAGAUGGCCGCAAUGUCCAUGUUACAGAGCAGAACAAACGGGAAUACGUUCGUUUGGUGUGCCAAGAGCGAAUGACUGGAGCCAUCCGACAACAGCUGGAUGCAUUUCUUGGUGGAUUUUAUGAAAUAAUCCCUAAACGUAUGAUUAGCAUCUUUAACGAGCAAGAGCUGGAGCUACUUAUCAGUGGUCUCCCAAACAUUGACAUUACUGACUUGAAAGCGAAUACCACGUAUUCCAAGUACCAAAGCAAUUCUCCCCAAAUUGAAUGGUUCUGGUCUGCUCUGGAGUCACUUGAUCAGGAAGAUCGCGCCAGAUUCUUGCAAUUUGUUACAGGCACAAGCAAAGUGCCCCUUGGGGGUUUUGCCAAUCUCGAAGGAAUGCAUGGACCGACCAAGUUUCAGAUUAGCCGCGCCUCGGUUUCCAGCACGAGCCAUCUUCCUUGCGCACACACCUGUUUCAACACCCUAGUCCUCCCUGCCUACGAAACGUACGACCAAUUGCGCUCUAGACUUCUCAUUGCUAUCAGGGAGUGCAGCGAAGGUUAUGGAAUGGCUUGAUUAUUAAAGUGCACAGUUUGACCAUGUCUCGGGGCUUGUGAAUUCUCUCUCCCUCCCGUUCUAUACCUUUUCUGUGAUGAAUUGCCCUUAUCAUGCAGGCCCCCUAUCUUUCUCACCGAAACAACCUCAGUACCAAAUUUGUUGUUUCUGGUCGUUAAAUUUCUCUCCAUCAUCGGCCUUUUUGGCCUUGUGGAUUUGCUUGCUAUCUCUUUUCCAUCCGUUCUCCCUCAUUCAUGUGAGCACUGCCUCCUGAAUGCCACGAUUCCUUUCGUGCGCUUGUACAUCUCUUUUACCAUCUACCAUCUACUUCAGACCUUUCAUCAAACGUCCACUUCACCCCUUCCUCUUCUUCCGUUUGUAGUUGACAACGUGUAUUGAGGCAGUUGCUCCUAUUUCCCCUUUGAAUGACCUGCUCGAUUUUGUCUAUCCUAACUACUAUUAUUGGAUAAUGUCACAUAUGGAAGCGAUUCCAACAAGGAAUCAUUUCGAUGCAUCAACGUUUCAGUGUUUUGGAAUACUCAAUUCAACUAUUUUAUCCCAUGGUUUUCAUCAGAGCUUGUAUCUCUUUU